GAAAAUUUUGAAAAAAACUUUUACAAUGUAAAAAUUUGUUGUAAAAGGUUAAGGUUACUUAUAUAAAACACAUGUUUCGUUUCAAAAAAUAAUAGUAAAUAUACCAAAUUUUAGUAUAAAAGCUACGAACAUUUAACCAAACAGCAUCAGUUAAGUUUGAAAUCUAAAAAAAUCGAAGAGUACUAAAAAAACGAAUAACAUGAAUAAGUUUUUAGCAGUUUUCUGUUUUGUGACUUUUGCUGGCUCUGUGUUAGCUAAGGAUUACUGUAACAAAAAUCUUUGCCCUAAUGGUAACAAACAUAUUGUCUGUGAUAAUGAUGAAAAAUUUCAUUCCACUUGUCCCGAUGAUGCUGAAAAGCGUGAAAUGACAGAUUCACUAAAAAAGUUAAUCGUCGAAGCUCACAAUGAAAAACGUAACAUUGUUGCUGGUGGUGAUGUUAAACAUCUUAAGCCUGCCUGUCGGAUGGCCACCAUGGAAUGGGAUGAUGAAUUGGCUUCUUUGGCUGAACUCAAUGUUUUGCAAUGUAAAAUGAAACAUGAUAAAUGUCACAACACCGAUAAGUUCAAAUAUUCAGGACAAAAUCUAGGUGAAAUGGGUUUUAGAGGCAAUGUUAAUGAUACUGCUAACAUUGAAAAAUCUAUUAAAAUGUGGUUUGAGGAGAAAAAGGAUGUCAAACAAUCUAUUAUUGAUAAAUAUCCUAAGGGUUAUAAGGGACCAAAAAUUGGUCAUUUCACUGUUAUGAUGGCUGAUCGUAACAUACGUGUGGGUUGUGCUGCUGCCGUUUACUCAGUUUCUGGUAAAGAUUAUAAAAAUUAUUUGCUGGCUUGCAAUUAUGCUGCCACCAAUAUGAUUGGUUUCGCCAUCUAUAAAAGCUGCGAUAAGUCGGCUGCUGAUUGUAAAUCUGGCACUAAUCCUAACUAUGAAAAUUUGUGUUCCUCAUCGGAAUCUUAUAAUGUUAAUAAAUAUCCUUAGAUUUGUAAUUUCUGGUGUUUGGCACAAACUUUGUGAAAAAUUACAAUCUUUCUUAUUUCGUAGUUUUAUUGUGAAUUAAAAAAAGUUUUAAUAAAUUUUGUUAAUUAUAAAUAUA